AUGGCCGACACCGCAGUUGCUGCCGACGCUCCCGCCCCGGCGACGCCCGCGAAGAAGCCUAAGGCGUCCGCCUCCGCUGGCGCUAAGAAGCCUAAGGCGAAACCCACCCACCCUAAGACGUCCGAGAUGGUUAACAGCGCCAUCAAGGAGUUGAAGGAGAGAAGCGGUUCGUCCCUGCAGGCUAUCAAGAAGUACAUCGCCGCCCAGUACAAGGUCGACGCCGAGAAGCUGGCCCCUUUCAUCAGAAAAUAUCUUAAGAGCGCAGUCGAAUCCGGCGCACUCAUUCAGACCAAAGGCAAGGGCGCGUCCGGCUCCUUCAAACUGGAGUCGAAGUCAUCAUCGGCCGGCAAGAAGCCCGCCGCGGCCAAGAAAUCUAGCGCCGCUAAAUCUUCAGCCGCCGCUAAGAAGCCCGCCGCAGCUAAGCCCGCUAAGGCGAAGAAGGCCGCUGCGUCCCCGGCCAAGCCUAAGGCCGCCACGAAGGACAAGAAGGCUGCCGCCGCCAAGAAGAAGCCCGCCGCGAAGAAACCUUCCACCCCCGCCAAGGGCAAGAGCGCCGCCGCGCCUAAGGCCAAGAAGACCGCGAAGCCGCCGACCAAGAAGCCUAAAGCUCCCAAGCCCAAGAAGGCCGCGGCCGCUCCCAAAGCGAAGCCCGCCGCCAAGAAGGCUGCCUCGAAGAAGUAA